AUGCAAGGGGUAGAUCUUUGGAGUGUAUUUCUAAGGGGAUGGAAACAUCUCAUUGAUAAAGAUGGAGCUCUUUUGAAGAGAGAAUGGUCGAAAGAUCAAGUAAAGGAGAAUAACAUGAUUAGAAAGACCAUUGCAACUCUUAUCUCCUCAAUCUCUAGAGAAAAACAAGGUAUAAUUCAAAAUUUCACUUGUGCAAAGCAAAUAUGGGAAACUCUAGAGAACUAUCAUGAAAGUACUACUCAAGUCAAGGCAAAGAAGCUUCAGUUACUUCUUGGAGAAUAUAAAGGCUUCAAGUUCUUGCCUCAUGAAGAUGUGACCACUAUUGAAGAAGCUCUUGACUUAUCCACCUUAAGAAUGGAUGAGUUGAUUGAAAACAAGAAGGAAAGCAAUGAGGAAAAAAUCUUGAAGCUCACCAAAAGAGUGAAAGAGCUCAAAUGCAAAAGUGGCAACCAUAGGAGAGUAGCUCCUCUUCAAGAAAGAGUGCUAAAUGAGGAUCCAAAGCUUCAUGGGAUGAUGACUCUCAAUCCAACAAUAGAAAUCAUUAUGAUGCCAACUUGUGUUUAA